CCGCUAUGGGUUCGGAAACUACUGGACCGAUCGGUGUGAAAUUUUGUACGUGGAUACUGUCGGGGCCGGGGAAGGUUCUUAGCUUGGUGUGAGACCUCUUCGGCCUCUGAAACGGGGGGUUCCCAUACAUAUGACUUGGCGGGGGGGCGGCCCUAUAGAGCUGCAUGUCAAAAAACACAGUAGGCAGGCAGUACGACGUUUGCCGGGACAGCUAGUUCAACAUAAAUCAUGAUAGCUCAAUAACUGUGAUCAAUCAUAACAAGCACGAUUAUCGUUCUCCCAAUGUUCAGCAGCUCACGCUCCUCCAUUUAGAAUGUUUGUAGAACCUUUUCUGUAAAACAAUGGAGUACGCGCUCGUUUUGGGCUUCGUAGUGCUAGGACUUUUUCCGAUAGCUACCUCGACUGGUAUAGAACCGGAAAUCACUUUCCAACGGGUCGAGCAAACCAUGGGAUUCGAAAUUGUUCGCAGCGAUUUGCGCGUCACAAAAUUCAACCGGACCUGCGCCGUUGCGAAUGGAACUGUUGAUAUGUUUUUCGAUCUGGACAACAGUUUCACGUUCCAAGUCGUUCUGGAGUACAGUCGAAUGGGCAACAAUCAGUUCAACCUGUCCCCAAUGAAAAUACCGGAACAACCGCUCUGCCAGUUCCUAAACGGAACGUACCGUGAAUACGAAUCCAUCUUCGAGGGCACCUCAAACUACCCCAAAGUUGGUCCGGAUGGGUUGUGUCCCUUUCCGGCCGGACACUACUGGAACAGAGACUUGGUGUUCGAUGUCACGAAGCUGCCGGCCGUCAUUCCGGAGGGAUUUUGGCGCGUUACAAUGCUGCUGCGAGGACCUUUGGGUACGGUCGACUUCAUCAUUUACGCUAAACUGUCGAAGGAGUUAUUUUGGUAACCACCGCUUUAAUUGACCUAAUUGACAUUCUGUAAAGCUGGGUAGAAAUUUGUGUGCAAAAUAAUAAUCAACUAUUCUUCUUUCGGGAUGAAAUUGAUCA